CAACGACGACGACAACGAUAACUAUUGUUAAAAUAACGAUGAUAUCAUUUGACGUGAUUUCGAAAAUUAUUACGUUUUGGAUGGCUAAACAUGCAUGAGUUUUGCCCGUUAUGUUUGAAAAGUGGCAAUAAAGUAAGAAUUAAAUCUUUCCAACUCAAUUUUCAAGAAGCUGUAUUGAUGUGUGCCACAGAGAAUUGUACAUGGCCAUUUGGUUAUAAAAACCUUAUAUUUAUUAAUCGACCAGUGGGGAAAGAAUGGUCUAGUACUUGGGAUGAAUCAGUACUAAAGUAUACAAAAAAUGAUCAAGAUAUAUUGCCUGAUUUAUCAUCUUAUAUACCAUCGCAAUCAUCUAGCAGCAAAGGUGUCAAUUGUAAUAGAACCAGUACGAUGUUUGUUCAGGAUCAAGUGCCUACAUCGAUGCCUAACCUUACAAAAGAAAAUGUAAAGCAGCCUCAAGAAUUGUAUUCAGUAUUAAUUGAGCCAAAUGAAUUAUCUGUACAUAAUAAUAUUAAUAAUAGAACAAAUUUAAAACCAAAAGUUGUGUGUUUGAAAAAUGUGAACUAUACAUUAGAAAGGCAUGUUCCAAAAGGUUAUACUUACAUUAAAAAAAAUACUAAUAAUGAUAGACAUGCUGAAUCUGGAAAAGAGUUAAAAAAUGAUGAAAAUAUUGCAAAUCUGUCUAUUGCAUCAGUAAAUAAUUUAAUACCUGUUGAAGGUAAUAAAUUAGCAUGUACUUUACCCAAGUUGAGUGUAGUUAAUGAAAGAUCAAAGGAAGGAUUAAGACUGCUAAUUAGAAAACAGAAGAGAUUAGGUUCUUAUGAAAAGUUUGAUUUCCAGGAAUUAAUGAAACCAAUGUGUGCUACUAUAAAAAAAGAAGAAAAGCCAGAUUUAAGCAUAAAUGAGAAUGUAAAAGAAUGCUGUCCCAAUGUUUUAGUAAAGUCCAAAUUUCCAAAUGAUAACUUAAUGGAUUCCAAUGGAGCAAAUAUUGAUGUUGAUAAUAAUAAUCAACUAGAUGUAAAUUCAACAUUAGCUUUAAGUAAUUCAUCUAAGGAUUAUGUAGUUGAUCAGGAGUUAGUAGAAAAAGAAGAUUUUAAUUUACAGUUGGAAGAACUCUUGGCUGGCUUUUCUAAUGAUGUAAAUAAUGUAGAAAAGAACAAUGUAAAUAAUACGGAUGAGUACGAUUGGAUUAAUUCCUUAUUCGAAUGAAUUGAGUAUUAAACUAUUCAUUAUAUAAUAUUUAUAUAUUUGUACACUAGCGAAAUAUUAUAUUAGAAAAGAUUUGACAAUUGUAAGCGACAUUUUAGUCAUUACGUGUUGCA